AUGCAGCCUCUCAACUUUCUUGCUACCUUUGCCCUCAUCGCUACCGCCUUUGCUUCUCCCGACGAAGGAGCUGCCCUCCAAUCCUCCGAGCCCAUCGAUGCCCAGCGCAUCGGUUGCGCACAGCAGGGCACUCCCAGACGACCUGCCAUGUGCUGGAAGCCCAAUUGCCCCAGCAACAGGAGAUCCGUCUAUUGGGACUUUGGCUGCCCCGACCGUAGCUGGAAGUGCUGCAUCUAG